UGCAAUUAGUGUUUUGAAAAGUAUCUCGCCGCAAAGAGCUCGCAUUAUUAUUUACAUAAAAGAAAAUAAUAAAAAUAUAAAUAAAUCUUGCGAAUUGUUGACGAGAUAAAAAUCAUUUACGGUUUAGAGUGUAGUUUGUUGGUGUGAAGUGAUAAUAUAGCAGUGGCAUUUUGAUAGUGCUAAGUUAAUUAUCAGUCGGGAUUCAACAGCUUGUAAACCUCAAGCAAAAAAAAAAAACAACAACAACAACAAAAUGUCUUCAAAUCAAAUUAUAACUUUAGCGAUAAUAGUUUUCCUUUCAUCACACGCAAGUUUGCAAGUUGAAGGAAAAAUUUUUACUCGAUGUCAAUUAGCCAAGGAAUUAGUAAGACACGACUUCCCACGGAGUUAUUUAUCAAAUUGGGUUUGUUUAAUUGAACACGAAAGCGGUCGAAGUACUUCAAAAGUAAUGCAACAACCAAAUACAAGUGUUAGUUAUGGAUUAUUUCAGGUCAACAGCAAGAACUGGUGCCGCAAGGGUCGCAAAGGUGGCAUUUGUAAUAUGAAAUGUGAAGAUUUCCUCAACGACGACAUUCUUGAUGACUCUAGAUGUGCGAAGCAGAUCUUCAAUCGUCAUGGCUUUCAGGCUUGGCCUGGUUGGGUUAGCAAAUGUCGUGGGCGAAAUCUUCCCGACAUCUCAAGAUGUUGAAUUUAAAAAUAAAAACAAAAAAAAAAAAACAAGAAAUACAACUAAAAAAAAAACAAUUAUGUAUUUGAACUGCCAAAGAGAAAUAUGACACUAACAAAAAAAAAAAAAUAAAAAUAAUAAACAGCAAGGUUCGAUAAUUUUUACUACGUUUGCGGUGUGUGGAUGUAAAAAACCCAACACAUUUUUGAUUUUAUUAGAAAAGCUUUAACUUUUUUUUUUUGUUAAGUUUUUAAAACAAUUAUUUUUAUACCUACAUUUACAAAGUUUUGUAUAGAAGUUCUUUUUUAUGUAGUUUUGGACUAAUCAGCUCAUACAUAGUUUUAUGAGAAAUUCUUGUUUAAAUAUUCAAAAUUGUUUUAUAUAAUUCAAAUAAAUAAAAAUUGUGAAUUUAAAAUUUGAUGAUUUAUUAAUUAAAGAGAAUUAUUUAUGUAUAAGAUUUAAUAUUUGGAACUGCAAUACCAAUAAAAUUGAAAAGUGAUAUGAUAGGGAAAACCUAUCAACAUAUAUGGAAAGUGUU